AUAAAAUAUCUAACGGCCGGUCGCUCUGAAUGGAGGUUUGACAUCAACUACCACUCCCCCCAAUUGCAACUGACGACGACACGCAAAAUCCAUCAUCUUCCUUCUACCCCUUUUCUCUCUCUCCUAGGGUUUCAAACCACCAAGCUAUACUCCUCUCAUGGAGGACGCUUCCCCAAUUACCUCAUCUAUAUCUCCGUCCAACGAUGAAGGACCGUCAAGUUCGUUUUCUGGCGGUCCUUCGAGGUUACGGGAUCAUUUGUCGGAGGAAAGAGCAGUGAAUUCGCCGGAGCUUGUGCAGCAGCAAUCAAGUAUGUCGUACCGUGUUCGACACUCACACCGCCAGAUUCCAUCUUCCAGUGUAGAAGAUCCGCCUACUGAUGAUACUUUGUCUUGUGUUAUUGUUAUUCUCACAUUUUGGUUCUUUGUGUCUAUGACCCUCAUCAUGGGUAUCUUUGGAUCCGAAAAUUUACAACUUGGUCCAUAUAGCUCGAUUUUGCUAAAGCCUAACCCUUUAUUUGUACAUGCAUUAAAGGUGGAAACAUCAAAGCAUAUGAAAGUUGCUCCUGUUCUUUAUGGCUUGUAUACUUCUCCUUCUCUUGACAUUACUGAACUGUGGUCUGAAUCUGUUAAUGCUUCAGUUAAACCAGAGUCUCACAAGGAAUGGAUUUAUUUCUUGAACAAGGGAUCUCAAAUUAAUAUAUCAUACAAUGUGGAAAGCUCUUCGUCUUUGUUGCUCAUUGUAGCAAAAGGGAUUGAAGGACUUGCUGAAUGGCUUGAGGACCCAUCAUAUCCGGAUAGCACUAUGUCAUGGAAUGUCAUACAUGGAAGUGGUACUAUCACACAGGAUAUUUCAAGAUCUUAUGAAUAUUAUGUUGCUGUCGGAAAUCUCAACUCUGAAGAUGUUGAGGUCAAACUCAACCUCUCUAUAAGGUCUUCCUUGCACAAAAUUACAGAUUCAUAUUACAAGUGUAAUUUGACUCGGGGUGUGUGCAACUUAAAGAUUCCUUUCCCAGCUGGAAAUGCUGCUGUAUUGACUACUCCAGGACCAUUAGAGGUUAUUGGAAGCAGCAGAGAGAAUGUCAAACUAUCUUAUGAACCACGUUGGAUGACAUAUUUUCUUGGUAUAGGUGGGAUGACUUCAAUCAUGUUAUGGGCUUUCAACUUUUUGAAUAGGAUCAGACGUAAUAUAGAAGAUGUUGCUGAAAACCAAUCCGGCGACUUUGGGUCGGAGAGAGCUCCACUGCUGUCUCCAAAAGAUGAUGAUAUCUCUAGCUUGGGUUCUUCUUAUGAUUCCGGGUCACAAAAUGAUGAGGAAUCCCCAGAGGACUUGGAAGAAGGAUGCAGACGACUCUGUGUUAUUUGUUUUGAUGCACCUAAAGAUUGUUUCUUCAUUCCGUGUGGUCACUGUGCAUCAUGUUUUGCAUGUGGAGUAAGAAUCGCUGAAGCUGCCGGUACCUGUCCUAUAUGUCGACGUAAAAUGAAGAAGGUUAGAAGGAUAUAUACUGUCUGAUGGUGGGUUUAGUGUACAAUCUCUCAUAUAUAGCUGGCUAUUUGAAAAGCCUUGUCAAUUGCCAUUGAUCGGGAAAGCAUCAAUUGCUUGUCAUUUGGGCACUCUUGAUGAAUGGUGAAGCCUACUUUUUUUCAGGGUUAACCAUUUACCAUCUGUACCAUGCAUGUCCAUCGUAGUUAAACAAAAAUUUGUAAAGCAUUGAGCAUUCAUAUUUCACAGUAUUGGCCAAGAGAAAAUGAUGAAACUGGGGCCUGGGUGGUUUGACCCUCGCCAAACCCCUCUCUUUUGUAAUUUUUCUUUUCCUUAUUAUGUGUACAGAUAGUUGGGUUCUGUUGUACAUGUUUAAUGUAUUUAGCAAAACCAUUAAUUGGGUUAUUAUCAAAUCAAGGAGUAUAAUUUC